AUGGAACAAUCACUCCUCGAUUUCUUAGUUGGAAACUUCACGAGUCUGAAGGUAUUCAACAUCUACGCCACAUUAGCGAACAAGUCUCUCGCGUCAGAAACAUACAUGGAGCUCAAUGAUAGCCAGACAGAGGCAAUCCACAUGGGCAAGAAGGCUCCGGGUGGAUUUGUGGUAUGUCAUGGCGGACCCGGCACGGGCAAGACACACUUCGUUAUGCACGCCAUCACACCAUUUCUGAAAGAUUCGGCAAGAGGUCACCAUUUGCUCCUCACUGCUGCUACAAAUCGUGGAGCAGAUUCGAUGGCCUGCGAGCUCAGUGAACGGCUGAGCGAUCUUUCAAACAACGACGCUUUGCUCAAGAAGCGCUACAUCCUCCGUGUACACAGCGUCAAGACCGAGAAAGCCAUCCUCAUGAGACAUGCCGCAAAGUCGAGACGGGACAAGCUGAGCAAAAAGACACCCAAGUCAGCGCUGGGAGCAGGAAGUUCGUCUUCGCAGAGCACAGGUCCGGAGAGCUCGAUCUCCUCACACUGCAGUACCUUUUCUGUCUGCAAAUUCAAGCUGGUAGACGAUCGUCGAGUUCAGCACAUCAAUUUAUCUAUUGGUCAGAAAGCCUUGGAAUUGAUCGGACUUGACCAUGGCGGGCAGGCAACUACCAGCAAAAACUUGCCGCAAUGUGCCAAAGACUUUGUCAAGCUGUACAGACUGUAUGGUCUCGGCAAGGUCUUUAGCGAACAGGACGAAGAAGACUUGGAUGGUGUCCUCGACCAGGUCCUGGGCUGGACCAUUCGAGGCGCAACCGCUCUUUGUGCCACUGUUGGAGGGGCUGCCGAUGACACGGUGUCGACGAAUUUCUCCAAUGCUGAGCUUAUUGUCAUGGACGAAGCUGCUCGGAUGCCGGAGCAUGAAGUCUGGACUCUCCUAGCCUUUUACCGUGAGGCAAUCGGCAAGAUCAUGGUAGGAGACCCUGACCAAUUGGGCCCUCAUAUCGAGGAGUAUAACGGCGUCAAGCCUUACCUCCCGCAGCUGAGCAUGUCUUUGCAAGAGCGAGCACAGAAGGCAGGGUUUCAAUCAGCCUUCUUCACUCUUCAGUAUCGUGCUGUCCCGCAGAUUGCAGCACUGUACAAUCAAGCAUGUUAUCUAAACCAACUGGUCGACCACGAAACGACUUUCCUGCCCAACGAGAAGCGCAGCCUCGCACGUCAAGUUGUGGCACACAACCACGACAAGUAUGGCAUUAGCAAAUCGGUCAUUUUCUACGACCCUACAGAGGCAGAGGAUAUGCAAGCCUACGGAACAACAAAAGUCUGUGAGCAAUAUGCAACGCUUGUCAUGAGAAUUUUGGAGAAUCUUCUUGUCGCAGGCUUCGGUGGCGUUACAAAACCGUGCACUAUUGCAAUCCUGACACCCUACAAAGGUCAGUAUUAUGUGCUGAGCGUCGCCAAAGAUAAGAUGGCCAAGCGAUAUCCUGACGCCAACAAAGUGCUGGUUGAGAUGGUUGGUAAGAGUCAGGGAAUGGAAUAUGAUAUCGUCAUUGCCGACCCAGUCAUCGUCAGCGCGGGGCCACUUUUUCUCACCAAAAAGCGACUCAAUGUGCUAUUCUCUCGUGCGAGACAAGGCUUGUACGUUGUUGGCUGUCAUGCUAAAUGGUCUGCCAUGAAGAAGAAGGACGAUUCUCCGUACCUACAAGCCUUUGCAAAAGAGCUGUACCAACAUCGCAUUACUUGGACUCCUGGUAAUGCCUUGCAGUCGCCAUUUAUCGACCCUCGCGACUUUGUCAAGUCCUACGACUUUGAUUAA